AAACCCUUCCCCUGUCCUCAAUUCUAAAUCCUCCUGUGCCACUGAACAAGUUUCAUUCUGUAAUCACUGAGCACUGCUCAUCCAUGUAGAGGCUCUUUUGGUUCUCAAAUCUUUAUCUUGGUUCCAGAUUUGAACAAGAGGAGAUCCUCCUGCCAUCAGUUCUUGGGCCUCAGGUCCCAUUAAAGCUGUGGCUGCACAAUUCUGCAGAUAAUGAGGCCACUCUGGCCCCUGGGUUAAACAUUUUAGCACAAGAAUUCCUUUGGCAUGGCCCUGAUUAACAUCCACGUUGUGAAAAAAGAGGGUCACUUUCCUAGUAAAUUUUAAAAGUUUUAAUAAAAGACAAUAAGAGACAAACAAUAAAGCAAAAGGUUAUAGCAGCAGGGUGCUUGGGCUUCAGCCAAAAGCACACCCUAACUCAGAAAACAUUUCCUUAAAUGCCUGAACCAGUUGCAUAUUCAAAGUUCUUCAUGCAUUAUUCAAGGUCAUUCCCCCAAUUUCUAAAUCAACACUUUUUCCUUCCCUGGGGGUCUGGUGUCCCGUAAUUCAAGAAUGUGAAUAAUUUCCUGAUUAUCUUUUCUUUUCCAGCAUUCUCUGAGUUAGUUACAUAAUCAAAAGCUUUUUACAUCACUAUGAUAUAGUCCAAGAAAAAUAUAUUUAUCACCCUACUAUUUUAAAGUUUUUUUUAAUGGCAGAACAAAAAGAAACUGUAUUUAUACAGCAAGUUUUCCAACAUUAUACAUAUGAUAUUUAUUCUUAUAUUUUCCAAAACCAAUAAUAUAAUAUUUACUACAAAACACAAUUCAAAUUUGUGUUUUGAGCCUGGAAGAGCCAUGACUGGGGCACCAAUCAUUUUGGUUUUAUUUCAUUUUCUGAAGUUUUGCUGUUUCUUGUGUCCAUUCCACAACAUUGAGGGUUUCAGAGAUAUUUUGGGAUCAUCAUCCCUUUUGCAGGGAGCCCUUCCUGGCUUUCCCUUUCUCCCCUCCAUGGGUGCCCUGCCAUGUUUAGUCCCCGAAGAUCCCACUGUAGUCACUGAUGAGAUUUUCAGAGCUCUCUGGCUGCCGACUCUUCCCAGCCCCCCUGAUGUGUCACCCAGUCCAAAGUGCUUCUUAUCUUGUUUUUUCCCCAAUCCAGGAUUUUUCAUUCCCAAGGUGUGGGCAGAUGGAGGAGGAGGAAAAGCCCCAGAGAUCCCUCAUGGGGAGGAGCUGCAAACCCAGCCCAGGGAGCUGCGAGGAUGAAAGACCCUCCCUGAGCCGGGAAGGCGGCCGGAGAUCCAGGCAGAGCUCAGAGCUGGUGGAGAAGCCCCACAAGUGCUUGGAAUGUGGGAAGGGUUUCAGCUACAGCUCCUGGUUGAUCCAGCACCAGAUGAUCCACACUGGGGAGAAGCCCUACAAGUGUUGGGAAUGUAGGAAGAGCUUCAGCCAGAGCUCCCAUCUGCUCCAGCACCAGGUGAUCCACACAGGAGAACGGCCCUACACCUGCUUGGAAUGUGGGAAGAGCUUUGAGCAGAGCUCACACCUGAGAAGCACACCAGCGCAUCCACACCAGGGGAGAGGUCCCUACGUGUGUCCUGUGUGUGAUAAGAGGUUUCACACCAGCUCCAAUUGCCUCAUGCAUGAGUGGAUUCACACAGAGGAGAGGCCCUUCCGCUGCCCCGACUGUGGGAAGGGAUUCAAGCAAAGUGGCAACCUCACUGUCCACCAGCGCAUCCACACUGGGGAGAGGCCCUACGAGUGUCCUGAGUGUGGGAAGAGCUUCUCACAGAGCUCUCACUUGACCCGACACCAACGGAGGCUCCACUAAGGGAAGCCCUGUGAGUGCCCUGAGUGUGGGAAGAGCUUCAGUGCUCUGCUGCAGCUCCAUUCCCCUAUUGGAGGAUCUGUUGCAGUGUUUCUUGUUAAUGGAUGUUCUGUUAUUUCCCAAGCUAAUAGUUUAGUCCAAAAUUACACCCUCCCACCCAUCUUGUCAAUCUAUCCUGAUUUCCCUGUCAAUCCUGCUUUGUGCCAAACCCCUGCUUAGAAUUCCCCUUUGGAAAUCCCCUAAAAGUCGAGGUCUCAUUACUCCAUGUUACCCAGUUUUCCCCCCUACCUUCUCACUUGGAUAAUGCCUUUGUGAGCCUUACCCUUUAUUCCUCCCCAGAAUUUCUCCAAUUUGCUAAGAAUUUGUACCUUCCCCUUGAUUCUCCUCCAUAUUUAAGUUGUUGAAACUUUGCCAUCUUUGUCAUUUGCCCCAUGGAUUCCCCAAAGUAAUAAAUCCUUUUUAUCCUAUGCAAAAGACCUCUCCCUCUUCCUUGCCUCCUUUGAAUGCAAUCUGACAGCCAAAAGGCCAUGGAGCCACAGCUCGAGCCACAUCUAAGGCCUCCUGUUCCCGGGUUGUGACCCACUCUGGGCACAGGAUCGUAAUGGUAAAGUGAGUUCAGCUCUGGCCGUUGUGUGAAGGAUCAGCCUUGGAUGAUCCCCAGUGACCCCCGUUGGGCACAGCCCUGGUGAUCCGUGCUCCUGGUGGUCCCUGUUGGGUGGAGGGGAAGGGGUUUUAGAAAUUUCUCUCCGUUCUCCGUGUCCUGCUGUGAUUUGGUUGGUAAUAAAUUCCCUCCCCGUGCCCAGG